CAGUCGACACCCAACACUAAUUUCAGAAAUCCCAGACCACACCUCCCAUCCUUCUGAGAUUGUGAAGACUCUCUCCUAGAAGCCAUUUUUUAGAAAAUUAGUUUGUACAGCGAAAUGGAGGGGUCGCGAGACAGUCUUACACCGUCAAGUCAACUUCAAGACUUUCUUCAUUCCGACUAAGGUGCAGCGACGUGACUCGCAAAUGGCGUUCAUAAACGUCGUUCUUAUACUCACUUUCUUCCUCUUUUUAGUGGUUCCAGUUUUGAAAGUUGAUCACUUUGGAAGUCCAUAAUCAGCGACUGUAUAUACUGUUUCCUGUUUCUUUAGUGUUACUAUACUGGCGAGGAAUUCUCCAUUUGCACAUGCAGUGAAAGUGUUUUAACAGAAAGUCGCAGAUCGACAUUUUUUUAAUCACUGGAUCUGAUUUCUUCGGCAUUACCCCAAAAGCAACGGCUGUACACAAUGAAAGUACACCACUCAAAAAGCACCUAUCUACACAAAGAAGUUUAUUUCUCAAUUCCCUCCGGCGAUUGAAGACGGUGGCGUGAGGGUAGGUGUUGCCACAACGUUAUCUCUUCAGCGUGAGAUUAGAAACGGAUCUGCAGCGUUAUCUUCAUCUUCUGGUGCUGCAGCGUGAGCACCAGCACCUACUUCUGGUUCUGUUGUUUUGGCCGCCGGCGACGAUGACGAACUGAUACUCCUGCUGAACUGCCACCAGUUUCAUGACUUUACAGAUUGAUUGUGCUGCAAUGGGAGAUACUGAUCGUAGCUGGAUGUAUGGGAAACGCAAUACGUUAGAAUAUAUGCAAGGGGUUGAAAAUUUUCUCAAAUAUGCUGAAAAAAAUAAAAGUAAAAAUGCUGAAGAAUUUCUUGUGUGCCCCUGUUGUGAUUGUAAGAAUCUGAGGAAAUUCCGUAGCUCUGAGCAAGUGAAGAGUCAUUUAAUAUGCCGUGGGUUUAAGAAAGGUUAUGACCGGUGGAUAUGGCAUGGUGAAAGUGUACUUCCUAGUACAAGCACCAGUGAUAAUAGGAUAGGCAAUGAUGAAGAGAAUGAUGAUAACACUGAUACAAAUGGAGAGAAUGAUCGAUUAGAUGAACUCAUACGUGCCAUUCAAGGAAAUUUUAAUGAAGUGCCUCAUGUAUUAGAAAGUUUGUUUGUUGAUUUAGAAAAACCUUUGUUCUCUGGGUGUAGUAGAUUUACAAAGUUAUCUGCUGUGUUAAAAUUAUUUAAAUUAAAAGCAGAGAAUGGGUGGAGCGAUAAGAGCUUUACGCAGUUAUUAGAACUUUUAAAAGACAUGCUUCCUGAUGAUAAUGAGCUUCCUAUUUCAACUUAUGAGGCAAAGAAAAAGUUGUGUCCGUUAGGUAUGGAGAUUAAGGAAAUACAUGCAUGUCCAAAUGAUUGUGUACUCUAUUGGAAAAAGUACAGUGAUUUACAUGUGUGUCCAAAGUGUGGGGUAUCAUGCUACAAAAGAAAGGGUGUUGAUGAUAGGUGUGAGGGUAAGAAAGGCUCUCCGGCGAAGGUGUUAUGGUAUUUACCAAUAAUUUCGAGGAUCAAACGUUUGUUUGCGAAUCCAAUUGAUGCGAAAUAUUUGCAGUGGCAUGCUGAAGGGAGAAAAAAUGAUGGAAAAUUAAGACACCCAGCCGAUUCUCUUCAAUGGAGGAACAUUGAUCGAGCGUUUCCUAAAUUCGGUAAUGAGAAUAGGAAUCUUGGGCUUGGGUUAUGCACCGGUGGAAUGAACUCCCAUGGUAACAUUAACAGUCGACAUAACACUUGGCCGGUUCUUUUGGUUGCUUACAAUCUUCCUCCUUGAUUGUGUAUGAAUCGUAAGUACAUCAUGCUAUCAUUGCUUAUUUCAGGGCCUAAACAACCAGGAAAUAACAUAGAUGUGUACUUAGCACCACUUGUGGAAGAUUUGAAAAUGUUGUGGAAUGAAGGUGUGACGGUAUUUGAUGCAUAUAGUCAAACAAACUUCACUUUGCGAGCUAUGAUAUUUUGCACAAUAAAUGAUUUUUCAACAUAUGAUAACUUAUCAGGCUAUAAUACUAAAGGAGCGAAGGCAUGUCCUAUUUGUGAAGAUGAAACAAAUGAUCUUUGGUUGAGCAACAGUAAAAAAAAAUGUCUUCAUGAAUCAUCGGAUCUUUCUCCCUACUGGUCAUCCUUAUCGAAAGAAGAUAAAGUGUUUUAAUGGAAAAGCUGAGACACGAGUUGCUCGCUUUCCAUUAUCAGGGCGUGCGGUUUAUGAACGAGUUAAAAAAGUCAAUAUUUUGGGAUCUACCAUAUUGGGAGUAUUUAUCUGUACGGCAUUGUCUUGAUGUGAUGGAUGUUGAGAAAAAUGUUUGUGACAGCAUUAUUGGAACAUUAUUGAAUAUGCAGGGUAAGACUAAAGAUGACUUUAAUGCUAGAAAAGAUAUGGUAGAAAUGGGAAUACGAGAUAAGUUAGCACCGCAAGAAUCAGGAGCGUGGACAUACUUACCUCCAGCUUGUUAUACUAUGUCUGAAAUAGAGAAAACAAGCUUUUGUGCAUGUUUGAAUGAUGUGAAGGUUCCUAAAGGUUACUCAUCCAAUAUUAAAAAACAUGUUUCAAUGAAGGAUUUGAAGUUGGUUGGAAUGAAGUCUCAUGUUUGCCAUAUUCUAAUGCAGCACAUGUUACCCGUAGCAAUUCGAGAUGUUUUACCAAAACAUGUUAGGCAUGCCAUUAUAAAACUUUGUUUCUUUUUCAAUGUUAUUUGUAGUAAAGUUGUUGAUAUUGAGGUGUUGGAUGAUUUGCAGGCAGAUGUGGUAGUGACUCUAUGUCAAUUUGAAAUGUAUUUCCCUCCCUCAUUUUUUGACAUUAUGGUGCACUUAAUUGUUCAUUUGGUGAGAGAAAUUAAGAUGUGUGGUCCAGUAUUUUUAAGAUGUAUGUAUCCAUUUGAGAGAUUCAUGAAGAUACUGAAAAGAUAUGUGAAAAAUCAGUUUCAACCAGAAGGUAGUAUCAUUGAAAGUUAUGUUGCUGAGGAGGUGAUUGAGUUUUGUACGGAUUAUUUGGCAAAUGUUGAAUCCAUUGCUGUUCCUAAAUCUCGUCACGAGGGUAAACUUACAGGGAAAGGUACUAUUGGGCUUAAACUAGAUUCACAAAAAGCUGAAAUUCGUGAUAAAGAUCACCGCGUUGUAUUGCAACAUGAAUCUGAGGCUCAUCCAUACUUUGACGAACACAUGUCCAUGUUAAGGCAUGAAAAUCCUUCAAAGAGUGAAAGGUAGGUGACCAAUGAACACAACCGCACAUUUAUAAGAUGGUUCAAAGAUAGAGUGAUGCAAGAUUUAUCCAAAGUUCCAAAUAACAUCAGUGAAACUAUUAAGCGGCUAGCUUAUGGCCCUGGUUGGCUUGUGUUCUGUUAUGAAGCAUAUGAAAUUAAUGGGUAUACAUUUUACACAAAACGUAAAGAUGAUAAGAGUUUUGUGCAAAACAGUGGAGUUACAUUAGAAGCACUAUCCAGAGAUUACUCUAGUACCAAAGAUACCAAGCCAGAAGAUGUUGCUAUGCCAUAUUAUGGUGUGAUUGAAGAAAUUUGGGAACUUGAUUUUGUAACUUUUAGGAUUCCUCUAUUCCGGUGUAGUUGGGUUGAUAACAGACGAGGUGUUCGAAUAGAUGAAUUGGGUUUUACUUUAAUAGAUUUUGAUCAGUUGGGUUAUCAGGAUGAGCCAUUUAUACUUGCAUCUCAAGCAAAACAAGUUUUUUAUGUUUCUGAUCCUGUUAAUAGUAAGUGGUCAAUUGUAUUACAAGGAAAAAGAAAUAUUGUUGACGUUGGAGAUGCUGUGGAUGAAAAAGAAUAUGAUCACUUUGAUGAAACACUUCCAUUUUCUAUUGGCAUUCAAGCUUUAGGGGAAGAUAACAUUGAAACAAGUUACAUGCGUUGUGAUCAUAGGGAGGGCUUGUGGAUUGAUAAUCACACAUAAUCAUUUUUUGUUAAAAAAUUACUACUUCACAACCUACUUCAGAGUCUAAAUCAUAGCCUAAGUGAUGCAGUACAUGAAUUGAGGCAAUGAUGGUCAAAUGCAUGAAGUCUAAGAGACAUGGAGUUUGGUGGCUACUUUUAUUGGAAAUUUGGAUUAGCUUUAAAUAUUUUUAAUAUUUGUAAUUCUCUUUAUGUUUAUUUUACCAUUCCCAUUCAUGCUUUUAAUAUUUGCAACUCUUCUAUUUUCUUAGUUUUUUAUUUAAAUAAGUUUUUGUAUUCAGAAGUUAAGUUUUCAAUAUUAUUGAAAGCCUUUGAGUUUGAAUUA